GAUCCACAUGUGAAUGCAUUUUUCCAACAGUGCCAUAAACGAGAAAAAGAUAUGUCUCAGUCACCUACCUCGAAUUUUGUUCGCUCUUGUAAGAAUUUAUUGAAUGUGGAAAAGAUUCAUGCAAUCAUGAGUUUUCUCCCUAUAAUCUUGAAUCAGCUCUUCAAGGUUCUGGUACAGAAUGAGGAAGAUGAAAUAAGUACAGCUGUCACCAGGGUUCUGACUGACAUUGUGGCCAAGUGCCAUGAGGAGCAGCUAGACCACUCCGUCCAGUCCUACAUUAAGUUUGUGUUCAAGACCAGUGCAUGCAAGGAGAGAACUAUACAUGAGGAACUGGCUAAAAAUGUGACUGGUCUUUUGAAAUCAAAUGACUCAACAACAAUAAAGCAUGUCCUAAAG